AUGGCUACCCCUAGUGUCCUCGCCUUUGACGUUGAGGGUCGCGCCAUUGACUUUGAGGUCUGGGUCGACGACCUGCAGCUGUACUUACAGUGCGAUAGGGCAGACGGUCUCUCUCUCUUUGACCUCACCUCUGGCCCCUCUCUUGCCCCUGCUGCUGAUGCUGACCCCACUGUUUGCUCCCAGUGGGCCACGCGCGAUGCUGCUGCACGUCUUGCUGUGCGUCGCCACCUGCCUACCGCUGAGCACGCGCACUUUAGUCAGUACAAGAGUGCUCAGACCUUGUACGACGCUGUAGUUGCGCGCUACUCUUCCCCUGCCACUGCUACACUGAGCCGCCUCAUGCUACCCUUCCUCUUCCCUGACCUUGCUGCCUUUCCCACAGUCGCUGACCUCAUUACGCACCUCCGCACUAGUGACACUCGCUACCGCACGGCGCUUCCUGCUGAGGACCACUUCCUCUCGGUCUGUCCCACCACUGUCACUGUUGACCUCUUAGAGAAGGCCCUCCUAGCAGCGGAGAAGAGCAUCGUCGCUGUAGGAGCCUCUCGUGGUGACCCUCGCACCCCCAUCUUUGAGGGGUGUUCUCUUCCCCCCUUCCGCCCGGUGUCGCCUCUGCCGCUGCGGCCGACCUCGUUGGUCUUGAGUCGGUCGGUGCGGCGUCCGCCCCUAGCGGGAGACGCCGCUCUGGCAAGGGCAAGGGGGGCAAGGGUGCGGGUGGAGCUAGCGGGGGCGGUGGAGGUGGCGGUGGAGGCGGCGGAGGGAGUGGGGGUGGCGGUGGGAGUGGUGGCGGGGGUGGAGGUGUCGGUGGCAGCAGUGGAGGCGGAGGCGGCGGAGGCAGCGGCGGUGCUAGCGGAGGCAGCGGUGGUGGCAGAGGUGGAGGAGGCGGUGGACGAGGAGCGUGGUGGGGGCAUUGGUCCCUGCACCUACGUCCUUCGCACCGGCGACCGCGCGGGUGAGCAGUGUGGGGGUGCCCACCCCACCCAGCGCUGCUUUGGCCGCCUGACGGACGCUUGGCGUCAGCAGUUCCCGGAGGCCAGUGCUGGUGAGGCUGCUGCUCUAGGUGCCAGUGCGUCUGCGCCCUCAGGUACUGGUGAGUCUGCGCUCUCAGGUACUACGUCGGCUUUGGCCUCCCUCACCUUCACCCUUGACUCUGGGCCUUCUCGCUCCUUCUUUCGGGACCGCACCACACUCACGCCGCUUAGUCGGCCGGUUGCGGUGUCUCUGGCUGACCCCUCUGGGGGCCCUGUCCUGUCUCGCUUCUCUACAGUCCUCCCGUGUCAGACGGCUCCCUCUGGCACCCUGUCUGGUCUCUACCUCCCCUCGUUCUCUACGAACCUGGUGAGUGGUGCUGACCUACAGGAUGCGGGUGUCCACCAGUUCACUCCUGCGAGCCAGCGGGUGACGCACUGCACCGAGGCUAGCACAGGCCGACACCUGGCUACGUUUACCCGUCAGCCGGGGUCGAGCCUGUACACACUGACCCUUGCGCCUCCUCCCGUUGCUGAGUCUAGUAGGGUAGCUGCGUCGGGUCAGGUGUUUGCUGCAGCGUCCAGGUCUGGUCCUGAGUCUGCCCCCUGUUCGUGUCGUCUCUUGUCUCACGAGAGUCUCCUCUGGCACCACCGCCUUGGUCACCCCUCUCUGCUUCGGCUCAGAGGCAUGGCCUCCCGUCUUCUUGUGUCUGGGCUGCCCCGGUCCCUCCCUCCCCUUCCUCAUGGCCCUGGCCCUGCCUGUGUCCCCUGUGUCGAGGAGCACCAGCGUGCUGCCCCUCACUCCUCCCAGUUUCCUCCGACAGAGGCCCCGUUGCAGACGCUUCACAUGGACGUGUGGGGCCCAGCCCGCGUCCGUGGACAGGGUCACGAGCGCUACUUCCUGCUCGUUGUUGACGAUUACUUGCGUUACACCACAGUCUUCCCCUUGCGCAGCAAGGGUGAUGUCACUGAGACCUUCACGCUUCCGGACUCACCGCAGCAAAAUGGGAUUGCUGAACGCCGCAUUGGCAUGGUCAUGGACGUCGCUCGUACGUCUAUGAUGCAUGCGGCAGCCCCCCAUUUUCUGUGGCCGUUUGCGGUCAGGUACGCGGUGCAUCAGAUCAACCUUCACCCCGGGGUCUCCAGGCCGGAGACCUCCCCAACCCUGCUGUGUACGGGGAAGGUUGGCGAUGCGUCGGCGUUCUGGGUCUGGGGAUCUCGGGCGUUUUUCCGCGACUUGUCUGCGGACAAGCUGUCCCCUCGCGCUGCUCCUUGCGUCUUCCUGGAGUUCCCCCCCGACGCGCCUGGGUGGCAGUUUUACCACCCCACCUCUCGCCGUAUUCUGUCCUCCCAGGACGUCAUGUUAGACGAGUCGGUCCCCUACUACCGCCUCUUCCCCUACCACACUCCGUCCCUCCCCCCGCCCCCGCUCUACCUUGUACCAGGUCCCCCCCCGGUAGACCCCCUCCCCCCUCAGGGUCCUGCCCCUUUAGGUGUUUCCCAGCCUGGGGGUGCUGAGGCUGGGGGUGCUGAGCCUGGGGGUACUCAGCCUGGGGGUGCUGAGCCUGGGGGUGCUGGGCCUGGGGGUGCUACGCCUAGAGGUGCUUUGACUGGGGGUGCUGGGAUUGGGGGUGCUGAGCCUGGAGGUGCUCCGCCUGGAGGUUCUCCGGGUGCUUCGUCUCGCCGGGAGCCACUCUCUCCGCUGGAGCUGCGCGAGUGGUUUGCCCGGCGCUGGAGCCGUGCUGCUGGUGCUGGAGGUUCUUCGGCUACUGAGUGUGCUGCUGUCGCGGGUCCCGGAGGUGCUCGUACUGGGAGUACUCGAGCUGCUGGGCCUGCAGGUUCGACUGGAGCUGGUACUGCUGAGGGUGUUGGUGCUGAGACUACCACUGGCGGUCCUGCUGGGGGUGCUCCUGGUGCUGCUGGAGGUUCUGGAGCUGCUGGAGCGUCGUGA